UCAAGGAUAUAAUUUAUGUAGACACCAAAUAUGGCAGCCCCCAUGAACAAGAAAAUGUUUUUCAAAUGUCAUUCGAUUUUUAGAAGAAAUUUACCUUUAUUACAGCAAUGGCAUGCCAUAAACAGAUUAGAUGAAGGAAGCAGUAUUAAUUUAUACUCUACAAAAUCAAGCCCUACUCAAUACUGUUUGGAUUUAGUGAAGAAAAGUGAUUAUGAAAAUUAUGUUUGUACAUUGUUGUACCACAAAGAUUACAGAACAUCAGCUAUGGCACUCAGAGCACUUUAUAUUGAACUUGCUCAGGUUCAAGAUGUUACAAGUGAUAAAAUGAGAGCCAUUAUGAGAUUACAGUUCUGGAAAGAUACCAUUGAUAAUAUGUUCAAAGGUACACCACCAGAGACACCUGUAGCAAUAGCAGCUUCAAGAGCAAUAGCAAAACAUAAACUUUCAAAGAUCUGGUUCACAAGAAUCUUAGAAGAGAGGGCUAAACAAGUUGAUCAAGAUAUGAAUAGAACAGUGAAGAAUGUCGAGGAUUCUGCAGAAAAUACAGUUUCAGCUCUAACUUACCUGUUAUUGGAGUGUGCAGGAAUAAAAGAUGUAAAUGCUGAUCACGCAGCUAGUCAUAUAGGUAGAUGUCAGGGUUUAGUUACAUUACUUAGAGCUACAGCUUACCAUGCCAGUAAAAACAAAGUUUAUAUACCUAUAGAACUUUUAAUCAAGCACAAUGUAUCACAGGAGCAGAUAUUGCGUUGUAAAGAAGAUCAGAAUGUUAAAGAUGUCAUGUAUGAUAUUGCUUGUGUAGCUCAUUCUCAUCUAGAAACUGCUCGAGCUCUAAAAGAUGUGCCAAAAGGAGCGUACCCUAUAUUACUCAACACAUAUAUCUGUGAUAAAUAUUUGAAGGAUCUACAGUUGGCAGAUUUUAAUGUGUUUGAUACAAGACUACACAUUAGAAACCAAAAACUGGCUUGGCAUUUAUGGAAACAGAAAAAUAUAUACAGAACAUUUUAGUUAACAAGUUUUCUAGAAUAUAUUUAUUUUUACGUCUUCAGUGAAGAUUGUACAGUGUGAUUUUUGGUUUGAAAAAGUUGGUCUGGUUUGUAAGAGGUACCAGUAUAAAUCUUAUCCGACUGAGUGAUAGAAUGGAAGAUUCACCCCGAGUGUUGUAACUAGUAACUGAUAGGUUAGCUGAGGUUGGCUUCUUGUCAAAGGUGGACAUUCCGUUCUAUCCCCUCUCUGGCAUGUGAUAUUUAUUUUGUAAUGCUGAACAAAUAGUUUUAGAUAAAAGUGCUGAAAAGUCUGAGCAGGUGGGGUAGCUGGUAAAGAACAAAAUGGUUUACGUGUUAGGCACAUUUGGUAAUGUCAGCCGGCCAAAAAAGUGAUGUUACCAUGUGAUAUAAUAGUUUGUUACCCUUUGAUGUGACAUAAGGCUAUAUAGUAAUUGUAGCACAUCAAAUAUAAUAAAGGACAACACCAGCCAGUCCUCAUCAUCGAAAUGAGAUGAAAUAAGACUUAAACUUUCUAAAUUGUUUUUUUGAAAAAAAAAUGACAAUUUAAUUUCAUAAGCUAAUCAUUCAAAUGUAAAAAAUAUUUUAUAUUACAUGUAGUUCACUCUCAUACUACUUUGCCCUUGUACUGCCACUUCGCUGUCACACUGUCUGUCCAUAGACUGAAAAAAUGGAAUAUGGGGACAUUCUGUGGAAUGUGGCAACAUUCAUUAUCUAUAGACAUGUUUCUUAUUUAGUCUUUUGAAACAAUGACUGAAAUUGCUAUAACUUAAGCACUUGUCCCUACAUAAUUGUUGAGAGGAAUGUUCACUUCUGAUAUUGGCUAUCCAGAUAACUUGUUGAAGGUCUGUGAUUCUACCAAGGUACCUGUCUGUGUUUUAAAUAAUAUAUAGGGAACCAUCUUGAUGCCUCUACCAGUAAAUGCUUGAAGAUUACUAUUAUUUAUUACCAAUGUGCUGGUAUCACUUAAAACUUAUGAUACAUAAAACACAACCUUAUUGAAUAUGUAUUUUGUACUGAUGAUCUGAUUUGACAGUAAAAGAGCUUUAAAUAA